AUUCAUUCACGAGCUCUACUUUACCACAUAAGGCGGCACGAGCAGCAGCAUCACGGGUGGGACCAGGCGAAUCCUCGCGCUGUGAUUGGCCGGCCUUGCGCGUUGACUGACAGGUUUCCUCCCCGCUUUCUCCAGAGCCUCUGAUUAUUGACACUUCACCCAAAGCCUCGCUCACUGCCUCCUCGCUUGCACACGCUCGCGGAUAACCGACAAGCAUUGGACUGGUGCUCACCCAACCUCGCGCUCCGAUGUCAACCCAAAAAGUAGGCUACCCGUAAACUCAACGCCUUCAUAACGGCGGGACAGAGCGCAGAGCUGGGUCGUGGAUUCCUAUUGGGCUGGUGACGUUUCUCGUUCCUCUUCUUUCUACGACUCAUCUUCUUCUUAAAAGUUGUGAAGUCCCUCACUCACGUUCGCUCGCGCUCGGAAGACGGUUAGAAAUGGCCGAGAAGCGACGCUCGCCAUGCACGCUGAGCGUCAAAGCGCACGCGUUCUCCGUCGAGGCGCUGAUCGGCGCGGAGAAAAGGCGUAAGAUCGAGGAGGGCACCCUGAAGUGCUUCGAGGACGGCGCCGAUGCGCCCGAGGACACCGGGAGCGCGGGGACGCGGCCUGAGAGCACGAGCCUCAGCGACCGGGGCAGCGAGAUAGAGUGCGCGAGCGACUGCUCACCGGAGAGCGGAGAGGAUUUGCGGUCAGAUAGCCCGCUGCCAGAGGGUCUCUGCGCGCCGCCGGUGAUCGCGUCCCCGCUGCCCGGAGACGAGAUGCGCGUGGACCUACAAGGCUCGGACCUGUGGAAACGGUUCCACGAAAUCGGAACCGAAAUGAUAAUCACCAAGGCCGGAAGACGUAUGUUCCCCGCUAUGCGUGUGAAGAUCUCAGGUUUGGACCCGCACCAACAGUACUUCAUCGCUAUGGACAUCAUACCCGUGGACAACAAACGCUACAGGUACGUGUACCACAGCUCCAAGUGGAUGGUGGCGGGGAACGCGGACUCCCCGGUGCCCCCGCGGGUCUACAUCCACCCGGACUCCCCUGCGUCGGGGGAGACGUGGAUGCGCCAGGUGGUUAGCUUCGACAAACUUAAGCUGACCAAUAACGAACUGGAUGACCAAGGACACAUUAUACUGCACUCCAUGCAUAAAUACCAGCCGCGCGUGCACGUGAUCCGCAAGGAGUGCGGAGAGGAGCUGUCCCCUGUGAGGUCCGUGCCGUUGGGCGAGGGCACGAGGACCUUCUCCUUCGCCGAGACGGUGUUCACCACAGUCACCGCCUACCAGAACCAGCAGAUAACGAGGUUGAAAAUCGACAGAAAUCCUUUUGCCAAAGGAUUCAGAGACUCUGGCAGGAACCGGAUGGGCUUGGAGGCCUUGGUCGAGUCUUACGCCUUCUGGCGGCCGUCCCUGCGGACGCUCACGUUCGACGACAUCCCCGGCGGGGCCAAGCAAGGAGUCCCGGGGCAUCACGGAGGCCUGGGAGCGUCGUCCCACCUGCUCUCGUCCUCGCCGUGCUCCUCCCCUUUCCAGAUGCCCGCUCAGCCGCCCGACUACGCCUGCAGCCGGCCGUCGCACCCUCUCCAUCGCUACGGCAAACCCAACCGAGCACUUCCCGCCUCCAAGAGGCCCGUCGGCCUAUGAGGGAGAAGGGUUCUGUUCCCUGCCGCUCCCCGCCUCGCAGAUCGGCUACCUGCCCAACCAUGCCCCUCAGGGC